UUUUCAGAUCAGGUCUUCCCAAAAUGGAGAGAACGUUGCUCGCCUUGCUGGUCUUCUCCUCGCUUGCAGCACUCGCRGUCACCAUCACCCCAAAGCAUGGCAUCGAGAUCUACAGCCUCCGCGUGGACUGCAAAGUCACGUCCCGAUUUGCUCACACCGUCAUCACCAGCAAAAUCGUCAACCGGGCAAAUGAAUCCAAGGAGGCGACCUUUGAAGUGGAGCUGCCCAAGACUGCCUUCAUCUCCAACUUCUCCAUGUCCAUCGACGGCAAAGUGUACCCAGGGAUCAUAAAGGAGAAGGCAUCUGCUCAGCAGCAGUACGACGCUGCAGUCUCGCAGGGGCAAAGCGCUGGCCUCGUGAAGAUCACGGGGAGGAAACUGGAGCAGUUCCAGGUGUCGGUUAGCGUCGCAGCGGGCAGCAAGGUCACCUUUGAGCUGACCUACGAGGAGCUGCUGAAGCGGCAGCUGGGCAAGUACGAGCUGCUGCUCAAGGUCAGGCCCAAGCAGCUUGUUCAGCACUUCCAGAUCGACGUGCACAUCUUYGAGCCCCAAGGCAUUCGCUUCCUGGAGACCGACAGCACGUUCCUGACAAACGAGUUAACGGAGGCGCUCACGAAAGUGCAAAACGAAACCAAGGCUCAUAUUCUGUUCAAGCCWACGGUAGACCAGCAAAAAAAUCCUGAUGUGGGUGAGACCCUCCUCGAUGGUGACUUCAUUGUACGGUAUGACGUUGAGAGAGAUGCGACUGCAGGUGAUAUACAGAUCGUCAAUGGGUAUUUUGUGCAUUAUUUUGCACCCCACGAAAUGCCAGUGCUUCCCAAAAACGUCGUCUUUGUGAUAGAUCGAAGCGGCUCUAUGGCAGGCAGAAAAAUCGAGCAGACGAGGGAGGCCCUCCUGAAGAUCCUGCAAGACCUGCGAGCCGAGGACCACUUCAGCUUUAUCACCUUUAACAGCAAAGUCUCGGAGUGGAGGAGCUCCCUGCUGGAAGCCACGGCGGAGAACGUGGCGAGCGCGGCGGCGUUUGUGCAGACUCUCAGCGCUAGCGGAGGCACAGACAUCCAGCUGGCCCUGCUGAGAGCAGUGGACAUGCUGCGUAGAGCUGAGGAGCUGCCUGAACGGAGCGUAUCCAUGAUCAUUUUGCUCACAGAUGGCCAGCCCACCUCUGGUGAGACCAAGGUGGAAGUCAUCCAAGAAAACAUCCGGAAAGCCAUCGGUGGGAACUUUGCCCUCUUCUGCCUCGGCUUUGGUUUUGAUGUCAGCUAUAAGUUCCUUGAGAAAAUGGCCCUGAGCAACGGGGGACUCGCCCGACGUAUAUAUGAAAAUGCAGACGCAGCCCUGCAGCUCCAGGGUUUUUAUCAGGAGGUGGCUACGCCAAUAYUAAUGCAAAUUGAAAUGCACUAUCCAGAAAACGCCAUUGAGGGGUUAACCAARAGCAAUUUCAAGCUGCUUUUUGAGGGUUCUGAAAUCGUGGUGUCUGGAAAAAUCAGCAACGAGCUUGAUCUUCUGCCAGUAGAAAUUAAAGCUCAGUCACAUACGAGUGACCUGACUCUUAAAGAAGAAGCAAAUGUUAAAGAGAAGGAGCAAGUAUUUCAAAAUCAGAGCUACAUCUUUGGAAAUUUCAUUGAGAGACUGUGGGCUUAUUUAACCAUCCAGCAGCUUCUGGAAAAAUCUAUUUCAGCCCCGGCCGCCCAGCAGAAGGCCCUGGAGACGCGUGCCCUGGAGCUGUCCCUGCAGUACAGCUUUGUCACCCCCCUCACCUCCUUGGUGGUCACCAAACCCUCGGAGCAGCCGCAGGCAGAGCUGGCCAACAAGCCCACCGAGGCCGAUAAUGAGAAGCGCAGCAGUUCCGUAGGAGCACCUUUCAGAAAAUUGAGCUUGAGACCUUUUGGAAAGAUUUAUGAAGAUGACUUAGAUGGCUAUAGAAUGAGGAGUGGAUCAGUUCCUGGUCGCUGGCGCUCUCUGCUCCAGUCCGGCAGCAACAAGAAGCUGCACUCACCAGCUCUCAGGGUAGCGGAACAAGGAAGAUCCCAGCCACUUGCCAGUGAGUAUCCCCAGCUUCUCUUGCAGUUACCUGGACAAAAUGAAAUCAUCUGCUUAAAUACCAGUGGGCAAGCGCAGUCUCCUGUAGAGCUGCUCUCUGACCCGGUGCAAGGAAUCUCCGUGACUGGGAAGCCUGGGGACAAGACAGGCCACUUUGUGCAGCUCGAAAUUACCUACGUGGAUCCUGCCGUGCAAGUCCACGUCUCCACGGAGCGCGUGAUCGUGCACAGGGACCAGGAGGCCGCGCGGCUGCCGUGGGCCGAGUCUGCCACCUCCGUGCUCCAGGGGCUGAGAAUCGCGGUUGAAAAGGAGCGAAGUCUGACACUGUCCCUGCCUGAUACCGUCACAGUGAAAGUGUCCUUCAUAAAGCAGCCAGAUGAUUUUCUUGGGCUCUAUUUCUUGGACACCAAUCAUUUUUCUGACAAAGUCAGUGGAUUUCUUGGGCAACUGUACUCCAAGGCACAACUGGAGAUGAAGCCCAGCGCAAAUCAGAGAGAGGAUGAAAGACUCCUGAGCGUGUCCGGAUCMGAGCACAGAGUUACCAGGCAAUACAAGAAAGACUACAGGCUUGAGUCAGCCGGUGAUGCCGUGUCCUGCUGGUCAUUAGAUUAUUCACCUAGAGAAUAAUAAUUUGGGAAGCACUGCAAACGACGCCCUGCCUAACAUUUUUGGUACUCUCUCRUUGAGAAAACUGCACAGUUAGAGCCUUACUUGUUAAUGCAGGAAUUCCAUGUAUAUCUUACCUCAAAAUUGUUAUACUUUUAAGAAGAGGAUUUGCUUGCUUGUUGUUUGUAAUUUUUAAAGGGGUUCUAUUACUCCGCUGGGUUGUAUUGUGGAAGAUUCAUGUAAACUAAAUAAAAUCAACAUCAU